AUCUGAAUUUCGUCUUCUAAAACCAUUUGUUUUAUCUGAAUAAUUCACUUAUAGGUCACUAGAUAUAUAGGAUGAAAUUGUUAAUAUGGUUAAAAAUACGAGAAUGUGUGAUGAAAAAUUUUGACAUCUUGUAAAGAAAUAUUUCAUUCGUCACGAAUUUUAGAAAAGAUUAAAUUAUUCAAAUUGUAGAAUGUUUAUAGAUCUCAUCACAUAUUACUGAUCAUAGUUUGAUUACUUCACUAGUUAAGAUGACGUUCUAAGACUCAAAGUUUCACUUUAGGAUGGGGUGAUGUAACGAUCGAUAUAGAGGUGUUAUAUUACUCAACGGUGUGAAUGAUGAUCUUGUACGCUAUAGCAACCUACACACUGCUUCUUCCUUUUUCCUCGUAGCGAACAUAUUCAAAUGAUAUCAAUUACUACAAGUUGGUUGGCUCGUAAGCACACAAUCGUUCAAAUUCAUCAACACUUAAAGUAUUCACAAAAUCCAACUCAACAUUAUGCUUCUCUUCUCCAAUCUUGCAUUGGUCGAAAAGCAGUUGAGCCUGGAAAGCAGCUCCAUGCGCAUCUAUGCCUCACGGGUUUAGGCUACAACAUCAAUUUAGCAACAAAGCUUGUUAAUCUUUAUAGCGUUUGUGACAAAUUGCCGAAUGCCCAUCACCUGUUUGAUAGAAUUCCUAAAGGAAAUAUUUUUCUUUGGAAUGUUUUGAUUCGUGGGUAUGCUUGGAAUGGACCGUACGAGGCUGCAAUUUCUCUGUAUUAUCAAAUGAUUGAUUAUGGGCAUGUGCCUGAUAAUUUUACUUUUCCGUUUGUACUUAAAGCGUGCUCGGCCUUGUCUGCGAUUGAAGUGGGGAAGGAUAUACAUGAAUAUGCCAAGAGAACGAAGUGGGAUAAGGAUGUUUUCGUGGGUGCUGCUCUUAUUGAUAUGUAUGCUAAAUGUGGUUGUGUUGGUAGGUCAAGGGAGGUGUUUGAGGAUGUCGUUGAGAGGGAUGUAGUUGUUUGGAAUUCAAUGCUUGCUGCUUACUCGCAAAAUGGUCACCCUGAGGAUUGUUUGGAUUUAUGUGGUGAAAUGGCGUGCGGAGGUGUUAGACCCACGGAGGCGACCUUGGUGACUGCAAUUUCUGCUUCUGCUGAUGUUGCAGCCCUUCGACAGGGGAUGGAGCUUCAUGGGUAUAGUUGGAGACAGGGUUUUGACUCUCUUGACAAAGUGAAGACAGCACUUGUGGAUAUGUAUGCCAAGAGUGGGUCUGUGAAGGUUGCUAGGAUCUUGUUCGAAGGACUCCAGGAGAAAAGAGUUGUUUCUUGGAAUGCUAUGAUCACUGGAUAUGCAAUGCAUGGUCAUGCUAAUGCAGCACUUGGUCUGUUUAAUGAGAUGGUUGGCAAAGCUAAGCCGGAUCAUAUAACUUUUGUAGGUGUUUUAUCAGCUUGUAAUCAUGGAGGUCUGUUGAGUGAAGGGAGGAUGUAUUUUGAUUCAAUGGCAAAAGAUUAUGGAAUUGAACCAACUAUUCAGCACACUACAUGCAUGGUUGAUCUCCUAGGUCAUUCUGGUCGCUUAGAUGAGGCUUAUGGACUUAUAACGCAGAUGAAAGUUAUGCCGGAUGCUGGUGUCUGGGGUGCAUUUCUUAAUUCAUGUAAAAUCCAUGGUUAUGUGGAAUUUGCAGAAUUGGCAUUAGAGAGGUUGAUUGAGCUUGAGCCUGAUGAUGCAGGCAAUUACGUGAUCCUUUCAAAUAUUUAUGCCCAAGCAGGUAGAUGGGAAGGUGUUGCAAAGCUUAGAGAACUAAUGAACGAAAGAGGUGUAAAGAAAACCACCGCAUAUAGUUGGAUUGAAGUUAAAAACAAAGUACAUGCAUUUCUCUCUGGGGAUACAUCUCAUCCUAUGUCUAACAAGAUUUAUGCAGAGUUACAGAGCUUAGGAGCACGACUAGUACAAGCUGGCUAUAUCCCAAACAUUACGCCUGUUUUCCAUGAUGUGGAAGAUGAUGAGAAGAGCAGAAUGGUGUGCAGCCACAGUGAAAGGCUAGCGAUUGCUUUUGGACUAAUUAGUACACCCCCAGGGACAAAGCUGUUGAUCACCAAGAACCUCCGAGUUUGCGAGGACUGUCAUGUUGCAAUCAAGUUUAUCUCAAAGUUAACAGAGAGAGAAAUCACUGUCAGAGAUGUCAAUCGCUAUCAUCAUUUCAAAGAUGGCAUCUGUUCUUGUGGAGAUUAUUGGUGAAAUGGGUUCAGGAAUUUCAGUGUCUACUAGGGUGAUGAGAAAUCAAUUGCUUCUUGGAGAAGAAUUGGCUCAUCUAACUGAGUAAAAGUGUAAAUCAUGAUUGUUUUGUCAAAAAACAAAAACUCCUUAAAUGUGACCAUGUUCUUGUUCUCAAUAAAGAAGCAGCUCCAAUUGGUUUCAGCAAAGAGAUAUUGGGUUUUGGCCAAUGUAAAGUGCAAUCUUUUAAGGGAUAUGAUAAGACGUUGAAGAGAACUCGGAUUUGUUCCUGCAAUUAAUCUCUGUCGCCACUCCUCACUACUCGUCAAACAUCAUCUACUCUUGCAGAUCAUACAUAGAUUCGCCAUGCAGCUUCAGAAAUACAUCUUAAAAUGAGACAGUUAAUGACCUUACCCUUGGUGUAUCUCAGUGGUGAAUUACAUUGAGAAUUUGAAACUGCAGGCAGCUCGUAUGCGGACAUGUUUUUAAUAGGUUUGCUGAUUUUUUUCAUGCAUAGGAUAGAGCCCACAUGGUCAAAUGUCCAAAAGACCAAUUCUUCUAUUCAUAUUCUCAUCCAAAGUGUUCAUCUCAAACAGUUGGUCAUGACCGAAAGCCUAUAUACUUUGAAUAACAUCUCCAGUCUCCAAGCAAACCACUGGCCAUGUUAUUUAGCAGCUACUAAAUCAGGUAUUAUUUGUUCACCACUAUUUCCUUUUUAUUUUUUGCCCUUGGCAUAAAGAUCGAUACAUUCUUAUACUUAGAAUUUUUUCAUAUUUACUUUUCACUUUUGCCCUUGUCGAGAUGUUAAUUAAGGAGUUGACAUGAUUUGUGUGGACCUUACCAAGUAUUUUUUAUUUUUUACACAUUGAGAUCACAUGUCAAAAAUCCUCUCUAUUUCUUGAAUACCAUAUACAAUGCUUCAUAAAUUGUUGUACCAUAAAUAUACACCAGGAAAGUGGUCCAAGAAGUCCAUUCCAGAGGAGCUAAGCCACAUUUGACUAGAAUUUUCAAGUCUUUAGAUUUCUGCCCUGCAUGAUUGAUAGUUUGAUUUGGUGCAAGCUGGGGCUUUCUGUCCAGUCGCAUUUUGAUGUACAGAUUUCUUACUUUGGUAAAUAAAAAGCUUCUAAGUACCAAAUAACUAUCUAGUUCGGUCAUUGGGUUGCUUGCUUGUGACAUCUCAGGUAUAUCUGCAGGCACUUAUUGAACAUAUCUAUCUUCCCAUCAGACUAGCAGUAGAAAGAUAUGCUGGGGUAGAUAUUUACCUUUAAAUCAGUGAGCUCCCUCCAGAAUAGGCUAAGAAGAAUCGUAUCUUGAUAUGUUACUAUAUUAGAGGGAUUUGUACCAAAGAUAGUCUCUGAUCGCAAGGGGUGUCCACAAGACAUGUAAAGCUCCCUAAAUGACUGCCUUUUUGAAUCUAUUCUAAUUUCAGCGUAAGGGUAAGGUUUUGAGGCUGAUCUUUCUCUUUCUUUCUUAUUUACUUUGAAAGCAGAACUCUGGGAAAACAGCCAGUCUCCUUAAUCCUAAAUCUUGCUUCUCUUAUAGGUUUUGUUCUUGUCGCGUUUUUGGCAGAUUUUAAUCAUCCAAAGGCUGUCGAAGAUAUCUUCAAAGCAGAGUCUGUUGUAUAAGGAAGACUUUGAUUUCCCAAGUUUUGAUCCAUAAUCUACAAAACAAUGUUCCCCUUCUGUUGUUGAUGCUGUCCACCGCGAAUGUAACAAAUGGUUGUACUUCAAUAGUCGAGAACAUUUUCAUUUUAUCAGGACAGAGCAACAUGUCUGGAUGUGGCAGAGUCUUUAAUCUAACCAGACCAGUCCAGCAGGUACGGUUAAUUUGACUUGGGGCGGUGUGGUUCUGCCUGAAUGUUAUCCCAUCAAUCCAUCAAUCCUUCGACUUAGUGCAGAACUUACAUAAGCUACAUUGUUAGCUUACACACACAGCCAACAUUUUUUGGCAACAACGUUUAUAAAUCUUUAUACAGUAUUUAUACUCUAUAAAUAAUGUAUCUACCUCCCUUGUAUCCAAGUGUAUAACACUUGGAAAAUUUUCAGAUUCAAUUCUUGAAGAUAUGAACUCAUAAACCUAAACCGAAUCGAAUGCAAAAACAGGGGUGGUGUAGUUAUUUUUUAAGUCUCCUUGAACUGUAAAUUGUAUGUCCCACCCCCACCCCCGACGCGCCAUAGAUGGAGCUGCUAGUUAUUUACCGGAUCUUUUAUUUUAUAGAUCUAACUCUUAGUGUAGACAUGCUGGUAUAGGUGCACAAUGAAAGACAACUUUCAAUGUAGCAUUGGAAAGUUAAAUUUGACUCGUACAGAGUUAACAAUAAAAAAUUCUGCUCAUGGCUUAUAAAACCAAUCUCUCUGUGCCCAAACCUAACAUGAGAUAUUUCUCAUACUGAUAUUAUAAUAGUAAUAUGCUUUCAUAACCUUUAAACUGUCAGUACGUAAAGUUAACUUUUACAUAUAUUGUAUUUGUAUUCCUUGCCUUAACCCCCAUACGCGGCGCAGAUGCUGGGUUACAGCAUCUUUUUUCUCUUUAUCUGUAACCUCAUUGGUUAGACCUAGGGGCAGAGCUAGUUGCCCGUAUGCCGGUUCAGUGUAGAUUUUUGAACUCAAUUAUUAUCAUUUAAAAUCAUCAUUGAUGACAAGGGAAACCGCAGCUGCUAUUCUUUGGGUGCGCACAGGGUAAAAAAAUCAUCAUUAUGAAGUCAGAACCCAUAAAGUUGAAAUCCUAUCCUCGUCUUUGGUUAACAGUUAUCAAUGCAGUAAUCAAAAGUCAAAUUGACUCGUAUCGUACAAAAUAGCUAAAUAAUUUCUCCUUACGGAUGAUAAACAAAUAUUUCUGUGUUAAUCAGGGAAUCCAAAGUCUUCAUUUUUGCAGCAGCCAUUCUAUAUAUAUAUAUUUAGGUGUUACCCAAUCAAUCUAUCUCUGUUCUUCACUCCAACUGAUGGCUGCUCAAGAAUCAAACUCCAUUAUCAUCGAUUCUUCGCAGUCAUCAGAGGAAAAGGAUGCUGCUCUAAUAAACGAGCUGCCAAGUGCUCUGUUCUGGGAUGCCAUGGAGAUUAGAAAAUGGAAAGGGUUCUGGUUCGAGCCCGGCCUAAUCAAAUGUGCCAUGAAAUUUAGUUCCUCCUUCCAAGCUGGGAACGAUGAUGUUUUAUUAGCAUCAGCUCCAAAGACCGGUACGACUUGGCUCAAAGCCCUCUGUCUCUGUAUCUUGCACCAGAAUCAUAACAUACCAGAAAACGAAGAUCUGUUAACUCAAGACAAUCCACAAUUUCAUGUUCAGACCAUUGAAUCCUCCAUUUACUCCACAAAACCAACUCCUGAUCUGUAUUCCACGCCAUCUCCAAGACUUCUCCACACACAUUUGCCUUUUAAUCUUCUUCCAAAUUCCAUCAUGAAUUCCAACUGCAAAAUUGUUUGCGUAGCCCGGAACCCAAAGGACACAUUGGUCUCUCUAUGGCAUUUUUUCAAUUCCAUUUUCAGGGGAAAUCAAGAACCUUAUCCCCUGGAAAAGGCGGUUGAUGAGUUUUGCACAGGCGUUCAUCAAUAUGGUCCGUAUUUUGAAAAUGUGUUGGGUUAUUGGUCAGAAAGUCAGAAAAGGACUGAGAAGAUACUGUUCUUGAAAUACGAAGAGAUGAUAAAAGACCCGAAAGAGCAGGUGAGGAAACUGGGGUUGUUUCUUGGGAAGCCAUUUGAGAAGGAAGAGGAUUUGGAAAAAAUUGUGUGGAGGUGUAGUUUGGAGAGAUUGAGGAACUUGGAAGUGAAUAAAAAUGGCUCUGUUAUUUACGGAGUUCCGAAUGGUAGUUAUUUUAGGAAAGGGAUUGUUGGCGAUUGGAAGAAUUACUUGAAUCUUGAAAUGGAAGAUCGAAUUAAUCAAACAACACUUCUCAAGUUUAAAGACUCUGGAUUAGAGUUCGAGAAUUGAUAUCCCUUUCUUUGUUUUUUCUUUCAUUUCUUUUCUGUUGUUCAUGAAUACACGCGGAACAAAAAAACGUAUUUCUUUGGUGUCAUAGGUUACCUUUCUAUCUUCCUCCCGUGUUCCCAAAGGGAUGCUAGUUAAAGAGCAGGUCCCUGGUAAUGGGGUUCUAUGCUCUUGUGAGUUGUAUUUGAUUUCUCAAUUUUGUAGCUGGUUAUAAGUACUUGUUUCUA